GUGGGGAUCCAGCGCACGGUGGUUUGUGCUCGCCCAAUGAGCGACAACUCGUGUUUGUAAAAGAUUUAAUAGUCAGGCCGCGAUCAAAUCUCUAGGCUAACAUUAGCUGUGGCCAGACCAAGGUGGAUUUUUGCUGAGCUGGUUCAUUGAAAGAUGAGUUGCACUUCAUAUCGAGACACGUGAGGUACUACGACAAGGGCCUUAACUCAGAGGGUUUCUUUCAUCUUCACUCAAGGGACGCUAUCGUGGAUUAUUCAACAACUCCAACAAGCGCCACAGACACCAUCAGUUUCACACAAACAGCCGUCAAGGGCCACAACUGAUUGUCGUCGAGUGAUUUCCCCUUUGAGCCAGAGUUAUGCCGCUUACAUACGUCACCAGCUGUUUGUUGAUGCUAGUCGCCGUGCUGGGUGCUGAGGCGAAGGGGCGGACUCGGCGGUCUACACACAACACACCACCUGGCCCCAACAUGUGCAAGGUACAGCACGUGCUAGGUUCUACAGAUAAAUAUUUUACUCACUGCGUGGCCAAACACCUCAAGGUCAUCUGUGAGCGACCAACGUACGAGAGAUGGGAGUGUUGUCCUGGCUUCAAGAGGAAAUCUUAUGAGGAGGGUUGUCCUGUUGAGAAGCCGCUGGACAACAUGUUGGAGACAUCACGUGACCUGAAACUGACGUCAUUCCUCCAUCACAUCAACAAGACACAGCUCCAACACGACCUGGCCAAAUUUGGGCCAUACACGGCCUUCAUACCGACAGACGAGGCCAUCCAGGCCGCCUCACCGGCCACAGUACGCCAGCUGACGCCGAAGUCGCACGACGCCGCGUCACUCCUGCACUACCACGUGUCACCAGGUCGACUCAACAUCUCGACGUUCAGGGACCGUGACCGCGAGCUGGUGACCUUGUACGAGGGGAAAAAGAUCAGGGUCAACAAGUACGCUUAUGGGGUUGCCACCGUGAACUGUGCCAGGAUUAUCCGGCCAGACGAGUUGGCCACCAACGGUAUCAUUCACGUCAUCGACAAGGUCAUCUCACCCCUAGACACCCAGCAGAACAUUCUAGAACGGAUCCAGGCCGACCCCCGCUUCUCCCAGCUCAACCUGGCCCUGCUGGUGUCGGACAUGGCCCGACGUCUGAGGGGGGACACCCGGACCUUCACCCUCCUCGCCCCCACAGACCAGGCCUUCGCCCGCCUCCCCACGGACCUGAUGGAGCGGAUUCUGUCGGACGCCGACACGGCAGAGAAAGUCCUACAGCGUCACAUAGUGCGGGGAGUCUACUGCGCUGACGCCAUCGUCGUGUCCGUAGGUCUGAAGACGCUGGAUGACUCUCGUCUGCUGUUUCGCUGCAAGAGGGAGGGCGUCUUCGUCAAUGACGCCAAGGUCGUUGACCCCGACAUCGUGGCCUCCAACGGCGUCAUUCACGGCAUCGAUCAAGUUUUUAUACCUGACUCAGUCAAGAACACCAGUCAGCUGUUGAGGGAGAUGAACUUGACCGACUUCCUGGACGCGCUCGAGAAAUCUGGUCUUAACGACACGCUCAACAUGGGCAACAUCACCAUCUUCACACCCACCAACAAGGCUUUCAAGUCUCUGGGUAACGGCUACAUGGCAGCCCUCCAACCUGGCAAACUGUACGAGGUUGUCGGCACGCACAUCGUCCCUGGCCAUGUGACACGUGACCAGCUGGUUGGCGACACUUCCCUCAACACGAUGGCCGGGGUCGCGGUCAAGCUCAAGGUCAAAAUCUCCAGGAAUGGCGUGACGGUGGACAGGGCGACCGUGGAGGCAGAUGGUCGAGAGUGUAGAGACGCCGUCAUCCACAAGGUGGACCAGGUUCUAAUCCCGGCUGUCAAGAGCAUCCAGGAGCAUCUGAGGGAGGACCGCGACACCAGCGUGUUUAACGAGAUGCUGAUCCAGUCAGGCGUGUCCGAGAUGUUGGUGCCAGACGGCAGCUACACCGUCAUGGCGCCCACCAACAGGGCGCUGGCCAACCUUGACCAGAGGCAGCUCAAGGCCAUCCAAGAAAACCAGGUCAGGCUCAAGAAGUUUGUUCAGCGUCACGUGAUCCCCCGGAUGAUCCUCAAGUGCACUAUACCCGACCCCGGGGUGUACACGGUGCGGGCCAUGCAGUACGACGAGACCGAGUUCCUACUAGAGCGGGGGCCGAGGAAGCGUCUGUUCAUCAACCGACACGCCAUGGCCCUGACAGACGACAUUCUGGCGUCAAAUGGCGUGCUCUACAAGCUCGACCACGUGCUUCCAUGCUCGUGCGAGCGCGCGCUGCUCAACGACCAGGGCAUCAACAUCUCCGACCAUCGAUACAGGCGGAGGAUUUAUUGAUUGACCAAUCGAUCACCCCAUUGACCCUCUCACAGUUCACCAAAGAUCAAUUGAAAACAUUUCCAAUGUGUUCGUCCACCGAACCCUGGCAUCAAGUCUUCAAAUCUCUCCUGGGUUUCAGGAAAAAUGGCUUUAAUUUAUUUAAUGGCUUUCUAAGACAUGCUUUAAGAUGUUUUGUCGUUUUAUUUAAAAAAAAAUAAAAUCUGGUAAACAUUCUAGAAAAAAAAAUUAUCUGGUAAACAUUCUAGAAAACAAAAAUUCUGGUAGCAGGUAAUGUGCAAGAGUUGGCGACAACAUGUUUAUACGUGUGAGUGCCUUAUCAAUGUUCUAUUUUUAGAUUCAUUUGUUGACAUAGUGUUAACAAAAUGUUAAAAACAUAUCCACGCAGACAUGCCAUGUGUACAUGUACACACUUGAUUUAAUACUCGCUUCAUCGUGUGCGUGUACACAGUAGAAAAUCUGGUCUGUAUUAUUGCGUCAUUUCAUCAUCGUUUUUUUAGUCAUCAUCUGAUUAGAUAAUAUAUUAGAUAAUGUAAAUGUAGAGCGUUGAGUUCACGUCACUUUGUGCUCAUGCAUGUCUGUGUACUGACUAUUCGCAUCAGUAGAAAUCGUAAUCCAGGGGAAGUAAUGCAGUAAAUUUUAUGCUAACACAGUAAUAUAUUGAGUUGUCUCCCUUACUACGCUGUCUACCAACUUACAAAGGUGAAAAAUAAAAAUAGAAACCAACUUUACAAUUAGAUGAAUUUAAUUAACCCCUGCGUCUAAUUAGACGCUUCUUGUUGUCAGUAAAUUAUUGCUAGAGAGUAAACGUCUACUGAGAGAAAAUGAUUGAACUUUUGGCAGAAAUGCCAUCGUAGUAAAGUUGUAACAUUGAUGUAAUGUGCAGUAAAGUUGUAACAUUGAUGUAAUGUGCAGUAAAGUUGUAACAUUGAUGUAAUGUGCAGUAAAGUUGUAACAUUUCUGGUACUUGUAAAUGAACGAUACAUAAUAGAUAUAGUUCUUUUGUCUGUAAAUUUUAUUUAUAUUUAUCAGUCAUUUUUAAUAGACAAUAGAAUUCUGAUGUAAUUAUUACAUGAUAUGAAGCAAUAGAAUUCUGAUGUAAUGAUUACAUAAUAUGA